AAAACGUACGGUUAGCUUGUGACGUGCUUUUAGGCUGCCGGGCGAGCUAUGGAACAAGGAAAUCCGAAAAAUAGAAUUCACAAAACAAUUGAUUGCGACGCCCAAGACAAAAUCAUCUUAGGUCUACGUCAGCAGCAAAAAAACUUGAAUCAGCCUGCCCAGGAGAGGCUGAAACGUCUGCAAUCGAGCUUAAAGCAAUUGAGAGACCGAAAAGUUGACAAAGAACGAGGCGUGGCCAAGAGACUCACCAGAAGCAGCAGUAACAACGUCCGCAGCAAUUCGGACAGCCCAAGCGCCACUGCCACACAUCACACAAUAUGCAAAGUCCAGACCCCACUCAAUGUGACAAAACAGCAACUGCCAAAUCGUAGAUGGAAUCCGAGAUCACGCACUCCCGUCACAAAUGCCUGGGCAAAGCCCAAGGCGCUGCUUGAUGCUAGCAAUAGACUGGAAAAUAGCCGAUCCACAAGUGCCAACCAACGCCUUUCAAUACUGCGCGAGACUCUGCAACAGCAGCAAAGGGAGGCGAACAAUAAUUACAAUAAAAACACAGACAGCAACCAACUGCCAAUUGUAACUGUCACAACUACUGUUAGGGCGACCGCUUUAUCAAGUCCCAAGGGCGAUGUGGAGCCCAUGGACUUAGACUUCACGGAAGAGGAGAGGCGAGAGGAAAAGGAAGAGCAGCAGGACAGCAGCUGUACAGUAGUCCAGCUAAGUGUGAAUAAAAGGCGGAGCCAGCCGGAAAAUACAUCGGAUCUAACGCUACAAAGACUAUUGGGUACCAGACAAGAGCUGCCCGCGCGCUGUGUGGACUACCUGUACUUUGUGCUGGAUACGAAUGUGCUAAUGGAAAACCUUGAGUUUGUGGAGGAUCUGUGCCGCGUGACACUGGGCGAGACAAAGGGCAGCAUGCUGUAUAUACCAUAUAUAGUGAUCAAGGAGCUGGACAAGCUCAAGGAGAGACACAGCGAUAACGAUCGCAAGCGCAAACCGGCCAUACGAGCGAUCCACUAUCUGAACAAGAAAUUUGACGAGACUCUCAAAAUUCAAGCUCAAUCUGCGCUGGAGGAAGCCAACCAUUUGAUCGAGGUGGACUGCCCGGAUGACAGCAUUGUGAACUGCUGCCUGCAGCUGCAGUCGCAGGUGCCGCAUCUGAUGCUGCUGACCAACGACAACAAUUUGCGCCUCAAGGCCAACGCCUCAGCUAUACAAGUGUCCUGCCGUUCCGAUUUGCUCCACGACUAUCCAUAUCAGUUCGAAGCAUUGUCCCCAUCAUCCUAGCCCAAGAGCGUGGAGGACACUAGUCGAGGAAUGCGUUUGUGAUGGACGUGUGGACCGAGCCACUGCACCGCUGACAACACGAAGUACAACUUAUACAUACAUAUAUGUAUAUAUAUAUAUAUAUCAAACAUUCA